CAGGUCGCUGACAAGCAGUACGGUGUUUUCGACCCGGAGAAAAAGCAGUGGACUGGUUUGGUCGGCGACGUUUUGCGCGGGAAAGCAGACUUGGCAGUCGCGGGAAUGAUCCGAAAUUACGACCGAGAAGAAGUCGUAGACUUCACCGCAUCAUACAUGGAUUACGGCGUGGGCAUUUUAAUUCGGAAACCACAGCGAAAAACGAACGUGUUUGGGUUUUUAGAACCCUUAACAGUUCAAGUUUGGAUUUGCAUUUGCAUUGCGACUUUUGCGAUUGGGGUGGUCAUGUUCGCAUUAGCGAGGAUAAGUCCUUAUGGAAUUGACAAUGUUGAGCCUUCUCUGCAAUUCAACUUUCACAACAGUAUGUGGUUCGCUCUCGCAUCUCUUAUGCAGCAAGGCACUGAUAUAGUGCCACGUUCUAUUUCAUCGAGAAUGUUGGGUACUUUUUGGUGGUUUUUCACUUUAAUUGUCAUCGCAACUUACACCGCAAACUUAGCCGCUUUUCUCACAGUCACUAGAAUGGAAUCGCCUAUCGAGUCUUUAAAUGAUCUCGCUCAUCAGAACAAAAUUUCAUAUGGAACUGUGAAAGGGAGCAGUUUGGAGCAGUUUUUUGAAGAGCAGGGGAAUAAGGAAUCACCGUAUGACAAAUUGUGGAAUUACAUGAGCUCCAUGGACCCUAGUCCGAUGGUGAAUGACGUGCAAGACGGGUACAAGAGGGUGAAACAGGGGGAUUAUGCAUUUAUGUGGGAUUAUCCGGUUUUACAAUACCAGAAGAAGAAAAAUUGCGAAUUAAUGACAGUAGGCAAGCCAUUUAAUAGCAAAAAUUACGCGUUUGCUGUUCGCAAAGGCGCCUUGUACCAAGAACAGAUUACGUUAAGUAUUCUUUCGUUACAAGAAAGCGGCGAGUUGGAAAAGAUAAGGCAGAAAUGGUUCGAAGCCGAAUCCUUAUGCACCGAAGACGAAUCUUCGGACGAAUCGAAAGCUUCGGGACUGGAGAUGGAAAAUGUCGCGGGCGUAUUUUACAUUUUGAUUAUUGGUGCAUUUCUCGCACUUUUUUCAGCUUGUAUUGAACUUAUUUGGUACAAAUUUUUCAGACCAGUUGCUCAAGCAACGCUUAAUUAUCCGAUGGAUUCGCAGCCGAAACGAAAUUGUUCAUCAAUCUCAGAAAAAAACUCGGCUGCCGAGUGCAGUAGAAGCAACGGGCAAACGUACAUUAAUAAACCGCAUUAUUCCGAUUCAGUAGCAUAGUAAAUGUAAUUAAGCCCAUAGUUUUUUGCCCUAUAUCAGUGUAAAUGUUGCAUAUUGUACUU